AUGUUCAGGAACGCUUUGCGGCAAUCCAGCCGCUCCGUGGCCGCUGUCUCCGUCUCUGGCAGACUCGCUUCGGCUCGCGUUGCUGCUCCCAGUCCCUUCGCUGCCGGUGCCAAACAGGUCCGCUCAUAUGCCGCCGAGGCCAAGGCCUCGCCCACUGAGGUCUCCUCGAUUCUUGAGCAGAGAAUCCGUGGUGUUCAGGAGGAAGCUGGUCUUGCCGAGACUGGACGUGUCCUUUCCGUUGGUGACGGUAUUGCCCGUGUCCAUGGUUUGAACAAUGUCCAGGCUGAGGAGCUUGUCGAAUUCGCCUCCGGUGUCAAGGGCAUGACCAUGAACUUGGAAGCCGGCCAGGUCGGUGUUGUGCUUUUCGGUUCUGAUCGUCUCGUCAAGGAGGGUGAGACUGUUCGCCGUACCGGAGAGAUUGUCGAUGUUCCCGUUGGUCCCGAGCUUUUGGGCCGUGUCGUUGACGCUCUUGGUAACCCCAUUGAUGGAAAGGGUCCCCUCAACACCAAGGCCAAGGCUCGUGCUCAGCUCAAGGCCCCUGGUAUCUUGCCUCGUCGUUCCGUCCACGAGCCUGUCCAGACCGGUCUCAAGUCCGUCGACUCCAUGGUUCCCAUUGGUCGUGGUCAGCGUGAGUUGAUUAUUGGUGAUCGUCAGACUGGUAAGACCGCCGUCGCUCUUGACGCUAUUCUCAACCAGAAGCGCAUCAACGCUGGCUCCGAUGAGUCCAAGAAGCUCUACUGUGUUUACGUUGCCGUCGGUCAGAAGCGUUCCACCGUCGCUCAGCUCGUUAAGACUCUUGAGGAGAACGACGCCUUGAAGUACUCCAUCAUUGUUGCUGCUACUGCCUCUGAGGCCGCUCCUCUCCAGUACCUUGCUCCUUUCACUGGCACAGCAAUGGGUGAAUAUUUCCGUGACAAUGGCCGUCACGCCGUCAUCGUCUACGAUGACUUGUCCAAGCAGGCCGUUGCUUACCGUCAGAUGUCCCUCUUGCUUCGUCGUCCCCCCGGUCGUGAGGCUUACCCCGGUGACGUUUUCUACCUCCACUCCCGUCUUCUCGAGCGUGCCGCCAAGCUCAACGACAAGCACGGCAGCGGUUCCUUGACUGCUCUUCCCGUUAUUGAGACCCAGGGUGGUGAUGUGUCUGCUUACAUUCCUACCAACGUCAUUUCCAUUACCGAUGGUCAGAUUUUCUUGGAAACCGAAUUGUUCUACAAGGGUAUCCGCCCCGCCAUUAACGUCGGUCUCUCUGUCUCCCGUGUCGGUUCCGCUGCCCAGGUCAAGGCCAUGAAGCAGGUCGCUGGUUCCCUCAAGCUCUUCUUGGCUCAGUACCGUGAAGUCGCUGCUUUCGCUCAGUUCGGUUCCGAUCUUGAUGCUUCCACCAAGCAGACCUUGAACCGUGGUGAGCGUCUUACUGAGCUUCUCAAGCAGAAGCAGUACUCUCCCAUGAGUGUCAGCGAGAUGGUUCCUCUUAUCUUCGCUGGUGUCAACGGUUACCUUGACAGCAUCCCCGUCGCCAAGAUCGAGAAGUGGGAGGAGGACUUCAUUGCCUACCUCAAGUCCAGCCAAGCUGAUGUUCUCCAGACCAUCGACAAGGAAGGUCAACUCAGCAAGGAGCUCGAGGCUAAGCUCAAGGAUAUCAUUGUUGGGUUCAACAAGAGCUUCUCAUAG